UAGGCAAAUUUAUUCGUCACGCAAGCUCUCAAAAGAAAUUUAAAAAUGUCGUGCUUUCACUUCAGUUGUUUUCAAAUAACACUUGCAUUUAGAACUAAUUUAUUCUUUCCUCAUGUAAUAUUAUUCCUUCUGUUUUCUAGGAUGAUUGUGAUGCAUAUACAUUGAUGCGUUUAUCGGACAUAAUUCGUUCAUUACUUGUCACAUAUUCAGACUCAUAUUUAAUAUAUUUUGAUUCGUUAGCACCACAUUUUCAUCGAUUACUAGAAAGACAACGUAGUGUUUCUGAUCGUCAAUGGUCAUUACAUGUUUGGAAUGAUAUUAUUCAAUAUACUGGUGAAACAUCAUUUCGUUAUCAGCAAUAUUUUCUUCAACGUAUGGCUGAAUCGGUUCAAGAUGUAUCCGCUGAGAUUUGUGAGAUAGCCAGUUAUGGUUUCGGUGUAAUGGGCAUGUAUGUUGUUGCUGAAACCAAUAGUCGCUCCGAUGACAAUAUUAUGGCGACGGAAAAUGCUAUUAUUGCUGUUACGAAAAUACUCAAAUAUAAUAAUUCAAAAAUAGAAAAUUUUAAUAAAUUACUCGAAGUAUGGUUGAGUUGGCUGCCGAUUCGUGAAAGUACAGAAGAAGCAUCAUAUGUCUAUGAUUAUUUAUGUGAUCUGGCUG